AUGACUUGGGCACAACUCAUUCACAAGUAUACACCGUUUACAUACCUUGUGAGUGUAGCUGACUGUGUGGUAUUCAUCUACCAGCUAGUACGGAUGUCCCAACUGACAGGCUCUGCAUUCCAAACAGAGCCCUACUUUAACCCGAUGCUGGGUCCUUCGACGUAUUCCCAGAUCAGCAUUGGGUCCAGGUUCGAACCGUGUAUGCUACCAGAAGAGUACCUGAGCUGGGAAGUGCUAUGGCCUUGUCCCAACUCAACAACAACAGAUACACAGGUGUGUUCGUUGAUGGAAUUAUGUGGGUUGCCUACAGACACCAACGAUCUCGUGGGACCCGCACAGAGCUGGAGGCUGUUAAGUGCGUGUUUCCUCCACGCAGGGUUCAUCCACAUCAUCUUGAACCUGCUACUGCAGCUCACCAUUGGAAGGGAGGUGGAACGUCUCAUUGGGACAAUCAGGUACAUGGCUAUAUAUCUCCUGAGUGGUAUAUCAGGCAACUUGUUCGGGGUCAAUUUUGCAGGUAACGGUGUUUCGAGCUGUGGCGCCAGCGGUGCCCUGUUUGGAGCAAUUGCAGUCAAUCUACUACUGUUCACUCUACACAUCGACAGGGCCAAAGUAGCCCACUACAGGCUUGUCGUUGGUGUAUUGGUUUUCGAAAUCGUUGCCUGUCUCGUGUUGGGUCUACUACCUGGGCUCGACAACUUUGCGCAUAUAGGAGGGUUCAUCAGCGGGCUGCUACUAGGAAUCACCAUUCUGGAGAACCCACGGUUCAUCAAGAGGGACCCCACGAGGACAUUCGCACUGCUGAAGAGCUACAGCAACUGCAAGACAAGGCUGUUUUGGUGUUGGACGUGUCUCAGGGUGGUUUGUCUGGCUCUUUUGGCCGCGUGGUUCAUUGGGCUCGGGAUCAGCUACCGCAACGGCGGGGGUGACUGUUCGUGGUGUAGAUAUCUCAGCUGCUUGCCUGUCAACGGCUGGUGCGAAUCCACCGAACUGUCGACAACGAGCGGGUAA